UGGCUGCGUAGCGUAAGUGAAGUGAACUCCUUCAGCCGGGCGCCCAUUCCCAUGGCGGUGGUGCGUCGGGAGCUGUCGUGCGAAGGCUACCCCAUCGAGCUGCGCUGCCCGGGCACUGAUGUCAUCAUGAUCGAGAGCGCCAACUACGGGCGCACCGACGACAAGAUCUGCGACGCCGACCCGGCGCAGAUGGAGAACACCCGUUGCUAUUUGCCGGACGCCUACAAAAUCAUGUCCCAAAGAUGUAAUAACCGGACGCAGUGCGCCGUGGUGGCCGGACCCGACGUAUUUCCAGACCCCUGCCCGGGAACUUAUAAAUAUCUGGAAGUCCAAUAUGAAUGUGUACCGUACAAAGUGGAGCAAAAAGUAUUCCUGUGCCCAGGGCUUCUGCGCAGGGUAUACCAGAGCGAACACCUCUUCGAAUCGGACCACCAGUCCGGAGCGUGGUGCAAAGAUCCCCUCCAGGCUUCCGAUAAGAUCUACUACAUGCCGUGGACGCCCUACCGCACGGACACCUUGACCGAAUACUCGUCCAAGGAAGACUUUGUCGCCGGCAGGCCGACGACAACCUAUAAGCUCCCGCACCGCGUGGACGGCACGGGCUUCGUGGUGUACGACGGGGCGCUUUUCUUCAACAAGGAGCGCACUCGCAACAUCGUCAAGUUUGACCUGCGGACUCGCAUCAAGAGCGGCGAGGCCAUCAUCGCCAACGCCAACUACCACGACACCUCUCCCUACCGUUGGGGCGGGAAAUCCGACAUCGAUCUGGCGGUGGACGAGAACGGCCUGUGGGUGAUCUACGCUACCGAGCAGAACAACGGUCGCGUAGUCAUUAGCCAGCUCAACCCGUACACGCUGCGCGUAGAGGGCACGUGGGACACGGCGUACGACAAGCGCUCGGCGUCCAACGCUUUCAUGAUAUGCGGGGUCCUCUACGUGGUGAAGUCUGUCUACGAGGACGACGACAACGAGUCCGCGGGGAAUAAGAUCGACUACGUCUACAACACGGAGCUCAGCAAAGACGGAUUCCUGGACAUCCCUUUCCCCAACUCGUAUCAGUACAUCGCUGCCGUGGAUUACAAUCCCAGAGACAAUCUGCUUUACGUUUGGAACAAUUACCACGUGGUCAAGUACUCACUGGACUUUGGCGUGCUGGACAACCGACUCGAGUCGUCAUCCUCCAUGAUGAUCUACGUGGACACGACAAGCACCACCGCGAGGACCACCGCACGGCCCGCCACCACGACGCUCGCCUUCACUUCGCCGAGAACUGGCACCGUCAAAACGAGCACCGCGGCUCUCAUCGCCACGUCCACGGUGGCGGCGGUCCCUCCGAGAACGCAGACGCCGGUGGGGCGUUUGGGCACGGGAGACGAACGGUCGCCAUCUUCUUCCAGGCUUCCCAAUGUCAGGGUGGAGUACUGUAACCCUCUGGUCAUGAUGGACGUCUCUUGGCCCAAAACUGGGCAGGGAGUGGUCGCCAAAAUGCCGUGUCCUCCUGGGACCAUAGGUGUGGCUACUUACUCAUGCGUGGGUCCCGAGGGGUACUGGGACCCGCAGGGGCCGGAUUUCACGAACUGCACCUCCCCUUGGGUCAACAUCAUCAGCCACAAGUUGAAAGCGGGCGAGACGGCGGCAGUGAUCGCCCGCGAGCUGGCCGAGCAGACCAAGAGCAACCUCCAGGCGGGCGACAUCACCUACACGGUGAGGACCAUGGUGCAGCUGGUGGAUCUGCUCGAUGUCCAGCUGCGAAACCUGACGCCGGGCGGGAAGGACAGCGCGGCGCGGAGUCUCAACAAGCUGCAAAAAAGAGAACGCUCCUGCCGUUAUUACGUUCAGGCUAUGGUGGAGACGGUCAACAAUCUGCUACAGCCACAGGCGCAGGUGGCCUGGCGUGAACUAAGCACGGGCGAGCAGCUGCGGGCCGCCACUACACUGCUGGACACGGUCGAGCAGGGCGCCUUCGUGCUUGCGGACAAUCUGCUCAAGACCGACAUCGUGCAGGAGAACACGGAGAACAUACAGUUGGAGGUGGCUCGGAUGAGCACCGACGGGAAUUUGCCUGACCUGAAAUUCCCUCAAACGGGCGGACACGGUAGCUCCAUCCACCUGUCGGCGAACACGCUGAAACAGCACGGACGAAACGGCGAGAUCCGGAUCGCUUUCGUGCUGUACAAGCACAUCGGCGUGUACUUGUCCACGGAGAACGCCAGCGUCAAGUUAAGCAGCGACGCCACGGCGACCAAUUAUUCCGUCAUCGUCAACUCGCCGGUGAUCACGGCCGCCAUAAACAAGGACGCCAAUAAAGUCUACCUCUCGGACCCGGUGGUGUUUACCAUCAGACACUUGCAGCAAUCGGAGGAAAACUUUAACCCCAACUGUUCCUUCUGGAGCUACUCCAAGCGCAGCAUGAGCGGCUACUGGUCCACGCAGGACUGCCGCUUGCUGGACACCAAUAGAACGCACACCACUUGCUCCUGCACCCACCUCACCAACUUUGCCGUCCUCAUGGCCCACGUGGACGUCAAGAACACGGACCCUGUUCACAAUAUGCUCCUGGACGUCAUCACUUGGGUGGGCAUCCUCCUUUCGCUGGUGUGCCUGCUGGUCAGCCUCUUCACCUUCUGCUUCUUCCGCGGCCUCCAGAGCGACCGCAACACCAUUCACAAGAACUUGUGCAUCUGCCUCUUCAUCGCAGAGUCACUCUUCCUCGUCGGGAUCAAUCGCGCUGACCAGCCGAUCGCGUGCGCCAUCUUCGCCGCCCUCCUGCACUUCUUCUUCCUGGCGGCGUUCACAUGGAUGUUCCUGGAGGGCGUGCAGCUCUACAUUCUGCUGGUGGAGGUGUUCGAGAGCGAGCACUCGCGCCGCCGCUACUUCUACAUGGUGGGCUACGGGCUCCCGGCCCUCGUUGUGGUCGUCUCGGCCGUGGUGGACUACCCCAGUUACGGCACGGACAGAGUUUGCUGGCUUCGCCUUGACACCUACUUCAUUUGGAGUUUCAUCGGACCGGCAACCUUGAUAAUUAUGCUCAACGUCAUCUUCCUAGGUAUCGCUCUUUACAAGAUGUUCCAUCACACGGCCAUUCUCAAGCCCGAUUCCGGUUGCCUGGACAACAUCAAAUCUUGGAUUAUCGGUGCCAUCGCCUUGCUGUGCCUGCUGGGCCUGACCUGGGCCUUCGGGCUGAUGUACGUCAACGAGAGCACGGUGGUCAUGGCCUACCUCUUCACCAUCUUCAACUCGCUGCAGGGCAUGUUCAUCUUCAUCUUCCACUGCGUACUGCAGAAAAAGGUGCGGAAAGAGUUCGGCAAGUGCCUGCGGACGCACUGCUGCAGCGGCAAAAGCAUUGACAGCUCCACCGGUUCCAAGGGGAACGCUUCUCGCGCUCCUGGACGCUACUCCGCUGCUUCACAGAGUCGCAUCCGCCGGAUGUGGAACGACACGGUCAGAAAACAGUCCGAGUCGUCUUUCAUGACCGGCGACAUCAACAGCUCGGCGUCGCUCAACAGAGGGGCUAUGGCUAACCAUCUUAUUCCUAAUGCGCUCCUACGUCCUCACGGCACUAACAAUCCGUAUAAUACAUUGCUCGGGGAGUCGGCGGUCUAUAACAACCCUCUGGGCAUGUACAACGCACAAGAGCCCUACAGAGAGACAAAGGGCAUCCUGAACAACGCCCGGGAUACAAGUGUCAUGGAUACACUACCACUGAAUGGUAACCACGGCUACAGCAUCGCCAGCGCCGACUACAUGAGCGAUUGCGUCCAGAUCAUCGAGCGGGGCUACAACCACAAGGAGACCACCUUGGAGAAGAAGAUCCUCAAAGAGUUGGCCUCCAACUACCUCCCGACCUACCUGAACAAUUCGGCAGAGCACAACCGCAACCUGGUCAACAAGUUGGUGAACAACGUGAGCAAGGAGAGCGGCUACGCCUCGGGAUCGCGAGCCGACGCCGCCGAGCGCGCCCUCUUCGGCGCCCUAGCGGACCGGGGCCCGGAGUCGGACGUGCCGCUUUUGCCUCAGAGGGCGCUCUCGCUACCGCCGUCGGAGAGUUCCUACAGCCCGCGCCGGCCGCCGCCCCUCCCGCUCGCCCGCCGCCCCUACUCGGCCGCCCCUUCUUCGUCGUCGCGGCGGCGGAUCCCGCAGGAGAACAGCGAGAGCUUCUUCCCGCUGCUGAACGACGAGCAGGCGGAAGAGGAGGAGGAGGAGGACUCGCCGGCCUCCGGCCGCCAGAGAGACUCGCUGUACACCAGCGUGCCCGCGCUGCCGGGGCUCCCCGCGGGCCCCGAGGACCCCGAGCCCAAGAGUCCCGGGGCCGGCUCGGACGACGUGUACUACAAGAGCAUGCCCAACCUGGGCUCGGGGAACCACCUCCACCGGCUGCACUCCUACUACCAGCUGGGACGCGGAAGCAGCGACGGUUUCAUCGUGCCCCAAAACAAGAACGACCUGUCCCCGGGGGAGCCCCUACCGGAGCCCUCGCACCUGGUCACCAGCCUAUAG